ACUGACGUUUGUCUGUGAUUCGUACGUUUUCCGGCGAACGCUGAGUUCUGCGCACGGAAACGGAUAAAGAAAAAGGAGGAAUAAGCCGCCUAACAUAUGCUAUCAAAGUUUUCGGAGAGAUUGUCUCCCUUCGGUUUAGACCCAGUAAACACUGUCAAAUCUCGUCUUGACCGAGCACGACUGGCUUCAGGGCUCAGCCGGGUACAUCGAGUCUUUAUUAUAGCCGAGAGAAAACGAUCUGACGUCUGAGCCUGAAUUUCCCUGACAGUUUCACAGUUUAUAUGUAAGCAGCGUUCGGGACGGAAAUUUAGAUUUUGACACUAAAACGGGUGGUCUUUCUUUGUUUGUUUGUUUUUUUCAAACUCCACGCGUUUUGGGGAAGUAAGUUAGUGUGUGUCUAACAGAGGAGAAGCCAAGCGAGCCGCUCCUCCCACGGACCGAGUGUUAAUGUGUGAGUGUGUGUAGAAGUUCCUUGGAAAGAGCUGCUGGUUGGACGUGUGGGGGAAAAGGGGAGGACGGGAAAAGUGCUUGCUCAUCCUUUAUCAGCAGAAGCCCAUGUAGUUCAGCAUGUCGCUGGAGAGCUGCAGGACCUCAGUGUUCACAUUCCAGUCCUCGGUGCACAGUUCGCAUGUUCUCCGCUGUCUGGACGAGCAGCGGCAGAAGGACCUCCUGUGCGAUGUGACGGUGGUGGUGGAGAGCCAGAGCUUCCGGGCUCAUCGCUCCGUUCUUGCAUCCUGCAGUGACUACUUCAGCGCCCGUAUGUCCAGCCACACGGGCCAGGGGCUCGUCAUCAACCUGCCAGAGGAGGUAACUGCAGAAGGAUUUGAGCCUUUGCUGCAGUUUGCAUACACUUCCAAACUGCUCUUCACCAAAGAGAAUGUACUGGAGAUCCGUAACUGUGCCACCGUUUUGGGCUUCAAGAACCUGGAUAAGGCCUGCUUUGACUUCCUCCUGCCUAAGUUCUUUGACAGCAGCAAAAGUUCGUCAAAAGGACCCAGGAAGCAGUGCUGUAAGACCAAAUGCUGGAGAUCAAAGGCUGAAUCAAGCGUGAAGGAUGAUGAUGAUGAUGAUGAUGAUGAUGAUGCUCAAGAAACAUCUUUGGUGCCCCCGUGUGCCGCGCUGGAGAAAAAGGAGCUGUCCAGCCCAGCUAAACCUGGUGAAAAUGCCGAAUCUCAGAUGGAAACACAUGUAGAGACGGAAACGCAGUCCAGACCGGAUUAUUCCCUCUUGUGCCCAAAGUACCGCAAGUUUCAGCUGGCUUGUGGAAAGGGCCCGUCCUUCAUGGACACCUGUGGCCCCGAGGCUGAAAACACCAGCAGUGCCUGCCUUCUAAACUGCCUGCCUUGCUCCAGCUCUGGAGACUGCAAGUCCGUGGUUACUGGCAAAGACCCUCCAGGAGACAACGUGGAGGAUGCUGUGACACCUUUUUGCUGCCCGCUUGCUAAGCAAGCACCAACCGAGACACCUCUGAGUCUUUGCCCCGGCCAGGCAUCAGUGCAGUUCUGCAGGGAGGCUGCAGAGGCCAGCUGCCCAGCAACUGCCCCAGCAACUGCAGGGGAAGGAGGAGAGAGUCUUGCUGCAAGACUUAAGGGUAAAGAAGCCAUAACCUCAGACUACUGCACAGGACCAGCCUGUCCAAGCCCAUGCAGCACACUCAGAGCAGACCAAAGGAGCACUGUGGAGAUCGAGGUGGCAAACCAGCUCUCUUCCUGGCCUGACGUUUUCAGUCCCAAAGCCUCAUCUGCCCCAGACACAACAAGGAGAACCUCAGAGAUGCACUGGCUCAGACAGCUGGAGCUCGGGCCCAGACCGGUGGACUGCCCCUUUCUCAGGGACCUGGACGCAGUGGACGCUCAGGUACGAGGCAGCGAGAGGCUACCCUGUUCAGCUGAGAGCCCUUACAUCUCCAUGCACUCAGGAGAAGACUCGGACAGCUUCGAUACAGAGGGCGACAGCGAGUCCUACACUAAUGAACGGGCGAGUGAGAUGCAGCUGCCGUUUUCUGUGGAUCGCAUUGCGUCUCUGAGCCGCAAUGACUUCCAGCAGAUGCUGAAGACGCACUCCCUGACACGCGAGCAGCUCGAUUUUGUGCACGAUGUCCGGCGCCGCAGCAAGAACCGCAUCGCCGCUCGCCGCUGCCGUAAGAGGAAGCUGGAUUGCAUUCAUAACCUGGAGUGCGAGAUCGAAAGACUGCGGAGCGAGAAGGAGAAGCUAACAGCUGAGAAGCAGCAGCUGGACCAGCUGAAGCUGAAGACAUGGCAGAGCUACUCUGGUCUGUACGAGAGACUGUGCACUGAGGCCAACCUCCGGCCGGAGCAGGUACAGGUGUUUGCCAAGUACACCUCACUGGCAGACUGCCCAUUCACAGCCCACCUGUCCACCAAAGCAUGUAUCUACCACUGUGCUGAGUCUGAACUCCAGCCCCUGGCUGCAGGUCUGGCCAUCGAUGCUGUUGGCUGUGAGCCCAGGCCUUCCACCAGCUCCACUCUGGAACCCCCUGCCGGUGGAGCCAAAGGCAAAACCCAGAGCCCCUCAGGUCUGCUUGUAGGUCAACCUGACCCCCAUCCUAUUGACUCUCCGCACACAGAGGAGAGCACGAUGACCUCAGUCACGCACAUCUGCUCAGACCAAAUCAGCAAACUUGAAACAGACGAAUAAAAGGUGCUUCCUGUUUUUUUUUUAAUAUGAUCUGUAAAUCAAGAACUUUGUUUAAAAUGAGGACCGUGGAAAAUGGAAAAUGUGCUUAAAAAAUCGAUUUUUUUCACUGUAUGAAGCUUUGAGACUAACUGUCAACCUUAAAAUGUAUGAGCUCACUUUUAUUCCUUGUCUUUAAGGUUGUAUAUUGAUCCUUUUAUGUGUGUGCAGUCAUGUAGUUUUACGCUCAUUUAUAAGUCAGUCUGAUUUUGUCAGUGUUAUAUGAACUAUUCACUGAACAGAAGGAUCGUUUUUAUAGUUUAAGGCAGGUUUCUCCCAAUUACACUCCCGAUGACCCGUUUCUGACCCACUUUUAGAUAGCCCCCAUCAAUUCUUCCCCAGUUCAUCACAAGAGAGACUGACAGAGGAAUCUCUACAGAGAGGCAAGCAACACUCAGGAAGUUCAAAAAAAAGCAUGCUGGAAAAUAAUUUUGUAGUUAAUUUAUAACAUACAACGUUAAUGUACAACAUAUGAAGGAGCUUUAGGGUAAGUUUGGACUACAUGUAUUGCUUCACGUAGUCAUGGCAUAAACACAUUCAUCAAAAUUUAAGGUAACUGGCCCAUACCGGGAGAGAUGUGUUUUUAUUAUUUUGUAGACAAAUGGUUAUCUUGUUGUUCCUAAACAUAUGGAAUAUGAUUACUUGCAUAACUAAUGGUUUAAUUAUUUUCUUGCCUCAGUGCGGCUUUUUUGCAUGGCCCCAAAUUAGUUAAUUUUUCUUACAAGGCACCCGGGCAAAAUGAUUAAAUUGUUUGUUUAAUAUUGCUAAUUCACACUUGCUCUGGAUUUAUUCCUUUCAUGAAGUACAGCAUUCAUUUCUAAUACAUGCAAUGAAUCAUAAAGUGUACCGAGGGAUUCCACAUUAAAGGGCUAUUGAAUAUUUACACAGAUCAGGCAUAACAUUA